CAAGUGGACGGCUUGCAAACAACGAGUGACGACACAGACAGCCGACGUCGCGGGGGUAUAUAAACAACAGAGAGCGGUGUCACCUCGGGUCGUGAAAUUUAUUUAAUUUGAAUACGUUUUAAAAUCUGCCUCAGUGUUUCUGUAGUAUCUUUCUUUAAACUCACAGUUCACCUCUGCUUUCACUCGGGUUGACAUCGUCCAGUCGGACUUACAAAACAGAAGAUGAAGGCUUGACAGGCUGCUAACGUGAGCCUGCUGGAAAAUUAGCUUGUAUUUGUUUCAUUCGAUAGUUAGUGAAGAAGAAAACAUGACAACUCUAACAAGACAAGAUCUCAACUUCGGACAAGUGGUUGCUGACAUCCUGUGUGAGUUCCUGGAGGUCGCUAUUCACCUCAUCCUGUACGUCCGAGAAGUUUAUCCCUCUGGAAUAUUUCAGAAGAGAAAGAAAUACAACGUACCUGUGCAGAUGUCAUGUCACCCAGAGCUGAAUCAGUAUAUACAAGACACGCUGCACUGCGUAAAGCCGCUGAUUGAAAAGAAUGAUGCAGAGAAGGUGGUGGUGGUCAUCAUGGACAAAGAGCAUCAUCCAGUUGAGAGAUUUGUGUUUGAGAUUUCCCAACCUCCACUGCUGUCCAUCAGCUCUGACACUCUACUUUCACACGUGGAGCAGCUGUUGAGGGCAUUCAUCCUGAAGAUCAGUGUGUGUGAUGCGGUUUUAAAUAAUAACCCACCAGGGUGUUCCUUCACAGUACUAGUACACACCAGAGACGCUGCCACACGUAACAUGGAGAAGGUUCAAGUCAUCAAGGAUUUCCCAUGGAUUGUUGCUGAUGAACAAGAAGUCCACAUGCAGGAGCCGAGACUCAUCCCACUGAAGACCAUGACCUCUGACAUAGUAAAAAUGCAGCUCUACGUGGAGGAGAGAGCCCAGAAAACAUAGGAAAUUCAGACACUGCUGCAGGAGCCUGUCUGUGACAACACUGAAUCAUGAUUAAAGUGGGUAAUGCAGCCUAUCAGAGCUGCAACAGCUUAAAAGAAAGACGAGGAUGUGUUGAACACAUGGGAUUAAUGAGUGAGAUAUUCCUGAGGGAAUGUGUUUGUGAAGUGUGUCAAGCUGCAGUUUGGGUAGGACUGUUAAAUCUGACAUUCAUCAUUUGUCUGUGAUUUUGGAACAAACCACACGUAUAGAUGGAUGUGGUUCUGUUCUUAUUGUCAUGUACUGUGCGUUUUAAUGUUAUGACUGCAGGUAUUUGGAGUAACGUGAUCAUCAAGAUUGAAAUGUAGUUGCACCAUGACAACAAAACUUCAAGAGGAUAUUGAAUCCUUCCGGAGAACAUCAGCUUCACUUUAAACCCCACUUGUAUCAGAUUAACCCUGGCUCAGCUGUUUUUUUAAAUGUAGAAAUAUCCACUACACAUUGUUCUUUGUAGGCAAAAUUCUUUUUGCUAAUGCUCACUGAGAAGAAGUAGCUUUGUCACAUGCACUGGGAGGUCGGAGGUCAAGUCAUCUUGCUGUUUGAAGGAUGAGUUCAUAAUUGAGCCGCAGCAGUUCUCUGCAUGUUGUCUACAGUCACAUCAUGUAUGCUGUGUCAAAACCGCAGGAUGAAAGUUUAUUAGAUUGAAAGCAUCUGUGUGUUUUCACGUGUACAUUUGUACCCAUUUGUAAUGACCGUUCCAUUUUUACAUGACUAAUGCAGAGAUGUGUUUUGCAUUUAAUUUUUUACCACUGAUACCAUUGUUGAUUAAUGUAAAAUAUUAUUAAACUGUAAUUAAAUCUUUUUUGAAGCAUCAGCACUAAAG